UCUGUUGUGGUCCAGUGGCCUUCCCAGCCCUGUGCCCCAAAGCACCUGGAGCAUAUAGCCUUGCAGAACUUCUCCUUGCCUGCCUCCCUGCCUCUGGCCAUGGCCUGCUGGUGCCUCAGCUUCCUUCUGAUGGGGACCUUCCUGUCAGUCUCCCAGACAGUCCUGGCCCAGCCGGAUGCACUGCUGGUCUUCCCAGGCCAAGUGGCUCAACUCUCCUGCACGCUCAGCCCCCAGCACGUCACCAUCAGGGACUAUGGUGUGUCCUGGUACCAGCAGCGGGCAGGCAGUGCCCCUCGAUAUCUCCUCUACUACCGCUCGGAGGAGGAUCACCACCGGCCUGCUGACAUCCCUGAUCGAUUCUCUGCAGCCAAGGAUGAGGCCCACAAUGCCUGUGUCCUCACCAUCAGUCCUGUGCAGCCUGAAGAUGACGCGGAUUACUACUGCUCUGUUGGCUACGGCUUUGGUCCCUAGGGAUGGGGUGAGAGAAGUGCCUCCCCUCUGCCUCCCGUUUCUGCCCCUGACCUUGGGUCCGUUUUUAACUUUCUCUGAGCCUUGCUUCCCCUCUGUAAAAUGGGUUAAUAAUAUUCAACAUGUCAACAACA